GUCGCUGGCUCUCCGAUUGGCUGUCAUGUGAAAAGUUCGCCGUGAAUGGCUGGAGAGCUUUGUGCCUGAUUUGAAUGCAACAGUUACGAACAGGCGGGGAGUAAGGAUAGUUGCAGGUAGCAGCGUAGCGGUGCGGGAACUCGGGAAAAAGAACAUCAACAACCCUCAACAUGGCAACCAGUGUAAUUUCUCCUGGCCUUGGGGUGCUGUCCGAUGAUGAGGAGUCUCCAGUUUUUGAAUCUACAGCUGCUGACUGUGCUGAAGGGAUCCGCAAAGAGCUUCUUGGUGAAUUCUCUGUUAUUUCACCAGGACUAGGACACCCUUCUCAGACAAUACUUGAUGAAGGAACGGACAAAGUAAUGGUGUAUGUUAGGAUCAGACCUUUUGUCGAUGGAGAAUUGAAUAAGAAAGAGGACCAGGGAUGUGUGGUGGUAGAAAAUCAGGAGACUCUCAUCUUGAGAGCCCCAAAAGAUUCUUUCACAAUGAAGAACACUGAGCGUGGAAUGGGACAGAGUGCUCACAAGUUCACCUUCUCUCAGAUAUUUGGGCCUGAGGUCGAUCAGAAAUCGUUUUUUGAUGGGACUAUGAGGAGAGUGGUGAAGGAUGCUCUUAAUGGACAAAACUGGCUGGUUUAUACAUAUGGAGUCACCAACUCUGGCAAGACUUAUACCAUACAAGGAACGAACAAAGAUGGUGGCAUUCUGCCUCGGUCCAUUGCCCUCAUCUUCAAUAGUGCUCAGGACCGCCUGUACAAAAGCUCUGACCUCAAACCUCUCUCUAAUGAAGUUAUUUGGCUGGACAGCAAACAAGUGCGGCAGGAAGAGUUAAAGAAGAUCUCCUUACUUUCUAAUUUACGAGAGGAAGAACUUAUGACUCCAAUGAAAAGAAGUGGUGGCAAUGAGAAUGAGUCUCAACUUCGGGCUGCCUCAAGUUUGAGCUUUGACAGUGGAAUUGGAGGAAUCUCCUCUACAAGUCAUGCCAAUCAGACCAGCAUUCAGCUGGAAGAAACAUGCUCACGUUGGGGUGAGCAAGAUGCCAUUUCACUUCAGGAACCUUCUGAUAUUCAGCUGUCAAUUUGGGUGUCUUACUUUGAAAUUUAUAACGAGUUUGUGUAUGACUUAUUGGAGCCUGUGUCCUCUGGCCCAAACCGCAAAAGAACAACACUGAGGCUGUGUGAAGACAGAAAUGGAAGCCCCUAUGUGAAAGACCUCAAUUGGAUUAAUGUACACAGUGCUGCUGAAGCUUGGAAAGUGCUGAGAGUUGGAAGGAAAAAUCAGAGCUUCGCCAGCACCCAUCAAAAUCUGAAUUCCAGCAGAAGUCAUAGUAUAUUUUGCAUCCGGAUCCUUCACUUGCAGGGAAAGCAUGAUAUGACUCCAAAGAUCAGCGAGCUGUCUUUCUGUGAUUUGGCUGGAUCUGAGCGAUGCAAAGAUCAGAGAAGUGGAGACCGGCUGAAGGAGGCCAGCAAUAUCAAUACAUCUCUUCAUACUUUGGGCCGCUGUAUCGGUGCCCUGAGACAAAAUCAACAAAACAAGCUGCGACAGAAUGUGGUUCCAUUCAGGGAUAGCAAGUUGACUCGUAUCUUCCAAACCUACUUCACCAGCCGAGGAAAAUCAUGUAUGAUUGUGAACAUCAAUCAGUGUGCUUCCACCUAUGAUGAAACGCUACAUGCUAUGAAAUUCUCUGCAAUUGCUAGCCAGCUUGUUCAAGCGCCUCCUGUAAAAAUGAACCUCCCCACUAUUCAGUCUCUUAUCAAAGAGAGCAGUAUUUUAGCCAAUCGCAGCUACACAGAUGACGAAGAUGCUGCAGAUGCUUCUGAUGAGGAAAGCGAGACUGACACUGAUAUCACAAUGUUUAAUAGAGAGGAGCUGCUACAAGUAAUUGAGAAUAUAAAGCAGCUUGUGAUUAAAGAACGUCAAGAAAAAUUGUCCAUAGAGAUGACAGUUCGGCAAGAAGUCUGUAAUGAGAUGAUGGAAAUGAUGCAGCAACAGAAAUCUCAAUUCAGUGAGACCAUAGAAGAUGACCGGGAGCUUUUGGAAGAGAUGUAUGAUGGAAGGCUAGAGAACCUAAAGGACUCGCUCACAAACUAUUACAAGCGAGAGCUGCAGGAACGAGAUGAGCAAAUCGAAGAGCUUCAAGCUGCUCUGGAGGAAGCUAAAGAUGUUCCUGACGCAUUAAACACUACAAGUACCAAAAAAGAUGGUGCUCCUCUGCGCAGAUCCAAGCGUUUGGCAGCAUCUGAUCUGUCUGAAAUAAGUAAACUUAAAUUGGAUAUUGCAGAUCUGAAUGCAACCCUAAAAUCUAAAAAUGAAGAAAUUGAAAGACUUAAGAUGAUGCGUGAGCCUCCUUCAUCUGCAAGGACAUUCACUGCUGAUGUAGAUCGAAAAAUUCAAGAAGGGCAAAAGCAAUAUUUUCUGGGCUCUCAUCACACGUGCACAGAUUUUCAGCACACAAGAGCUCUUUGGAACGUCAGAUCAUUACGCACAGAGAUACAAAAAUUUGGAGAAUCUCUGCAGCACGUACAUAGGGCGUGCUGUCACACUACUGGUGCAGAAAAACUAAGACAAGCUCUGGGAACAUGCAAUGACAUCUUGUCUAAGCAGGAGAAGACACUAGCAGAACUACAAAACAACAUGGCCCUGGUAAAGAUGGAUCUUCGGAAAAAGACAGCUUGCAUUGCAGAGCAGUACCACACUGUACAACGAUUACAAGGGACACCUUCUGGCUUCAAACGCAUGUGUAAUAAUGAGAAUCUUGAGCCUAAUCAGCCAUCAGAGAAAAGGUCUUUCCUGCGCAAUCUGCUGGCCAGGACUCCUGGACAGAAAGCUCUUAUGGAGAAUAGUCCUUACAGCCGUGUCCUGAGAGCACGGCGUUCCCCUGUACUAAAGACUAUUGCAUUUGGUACCAAAUAUUGACUAUAAGCUGCUUCAGUGAAUGGACUCGUUAACACUGUUGCUGCUGAAGCCAACGGUGGCAGUAACUGUACAGUGCCUAUCCUUUACAAUAUUUAGUCUAUAUAUCCUUUAUACUUCAUAUUUUACCAAAGGACUGAUAUGUAAAUGGUGUCUUUCUUGUUUUAAAAGGGAUUACAUAGGCAAUGACACCAUUUAAAAAAAAAAAAAAAAUUUUUGAUAGCCUGCAUUGUUGAUGAAAAGGGAUGCAGAGUUGUUUUUAAUGGGGUCUACAGUUUUGUGUUUUUUAUUUUGAAGCGGUUCUGACUUUUCACAUGUGCAAUAUUCAUCAUGUAUGUUAGUUGCUAGUAAUAAACCACUUUGUACAGCU